GCUGCGCCGGGGGCGGGACUUAGACUUAGCUUUUGAUUGGUCAACUUGACUAGCGACCUUGCCCCUCCGCGACAGUUUCCCGAGGUGCCUAGUGCCUGAGCGGCACGGACGAGAGUAAGAAGGGAGGCAAGAUGGCGGACGUGCUGGAUCUUCAUGAGGCCGGGGGCGAGGAUUUCGCCAUGGAUGAGGAUGGGGACGAGAGCAUCCACAAACUGAAAGAAAAGGCGAAGAAACGGAAGGGCCGCGGCUUUGGCUCCGAAGGGUCUCGAGCGCGGAUGCGUGAGGAUUAUGACAGCGUGGAGCAGGAUGGUGAUGAACCCGGACCACAGCGCUCUGUUGAAGGCUGGAUUCUGUUUGUCACUGGAGUACACGAGGAAGCCACUGAAGAAGACAUCCAUGACAAAUUUGCAGAGUAUGGAGAAAUAAAAAACAUCCACCUCAACUUGGACCGGCGUACAGGAUACCUGAAGGGGUAUACUCUAGUUGAGUAUGAAACAUACAAGGAGGCCCAGGCUGCUAUGGAGGGACUCAAUGGCCAGGAUCUGAUGGGACAGCCAAUCAGUGUGGACUGGUGUUUUGUUCGGGGUCCACCCAAGGGCAAGAGGAGAGGUGGCCGAAGACGCAGCAGGAGUCCAGACCGGAGGCGACGCUGACUGGUCCUCUCUUGUCCAGAUGUUCUCUCCAGAGAUUCCUUGUGACCAUACAGCCUUGGAGAAGUAGGGUUGGGGUGGAACUCCCCGUGUUUAUAUUUAACUCUCACUCUACUUGCUUAGUGGGUUGUGGGUUUUUUUUGAGUUAUGAAUAAAUGUCCCAUUUUUGUUUUGUA